GAACAUUAGAAAAAGUAAGAAGAUGCAUUGCUGCCCAGAAACUCUUUCUUCUCUGUGAAUGGUGCUUAAGUGUAGAGACUGUCUUCAGAAACACAAUACAGGUUUCAUCACACUUUGAAUGAUUUUGACAUAAUGACAGCUGAGGAUUCCACUGCUAGGAUGAGUAACGACUCCUCCAACCUGUCUACAACCAAAGUUCCUGAAGGUGUCGCUGGGGCACCUAACGAGGCGGCUCUGUUGGCACUCAUGGAGCGUACUGGAUAUACCAUGAUUCAAGAGAAUGGGCAGCGCAAGUAUGGCGGACCACCACCUGGCUGGGAGGGGCUGCACCCUCCUCGAGGCUGUGAAGUCUUUGUUGGUAAAAUUCCCCGCGAUGUGUACGAAGACGAGCUAGUGCCUGUGUUUGAGUCCGUAGGACGUGUCUAUGAAAUGCGCCUGAUGAUGGACUUUGAUGGGAAAAAUCGGGGCUAUGCUUUUGUUAUGUACACACACAAGCACGAAGCCAAACGUGCCGUCAGAGAACUGAACAACUACGAAAUCCGUCCUGGUAGGCUUCUAGGUGUUUGCUGCAGUGUGGAUAACUGCAGGCUGUUCAUUGGAGGUAUACCCAAGAUGAAGAAGAGAGAGGAAAUACUAGAAGAGAUCUCCAAGGUGACAGAGGGAGUGCUAGACGUCAUUGUGUAUGCGAGUGCUGCAGACAAGAUGAAAAAUAGAGGCUUCGCCUUUGUGGAGUAUGAAAGCCAUCGAGCAGCUGCAAUGGCGAGGAGAAAGCUGAUGCCUGGGAGAAUCCAACUGUGGGGCCACCAAAUUGCUGUUGAUUGGGCAGAACCAGAGAUAGAUGUUGAUGAAGAUGUGAUGGAGACUGUUAAAAUCCUGUAUGUGAGGAAUUUAAUGAUUGAAACCACAGAGGAUACAAUUAAAAAGAUCUUUGGCCAGUUUAACCCUGGCUGUGUAGAACGGGUUAAAAAAAUACGCGAUUAUGCCUUUGUGCACUUUACAAGUAGGGAAGACGCAGUUCACGCCAUGAACAACCUCAAUGGCACUGAACUUGAAGGCUCGUGCCUGGAAGUUACCUUGGCCAAACCAGUAGACAAAGAGCAGUACACUCGUUAUCAGAAAGCAGCUAAAGGAGGAGCAACAACAACAACAGAAGUAACUCAGCAACCCAACUAUGUUUACUCUUGCGAUCCAUACACACUAGCGUAUUAUGGAUAUCCCUACAAUGCUCUGAUUGGUCCCAACCGAGAUUACUUUGUGAAAGCAGGCAGCAUAAGAGGCAGAGGGCGAGGUGCAGCUGGCAACAGAGCCCCUGGCCCCAGAGGUUCUUAUCUGGGGGGAUAUUCUGCAGGCCGUGGCAUAUAUAGCAGAUACCACGAAGGGAAAGGAAAACAGCAAGAAAAAGGAUAUGAGCUUGUACCCAAUUUGGAGUUGUCUGCUGUCAAUCCAGUUGCCAUUAAACCUGGUGCAGUGGCAAUCCCUGCUAUUGGAGCCCAGUACUCCAUGUUUCAGGCAGCUCCAACAGCCAAGAUGAUGGAAGAUGGCAAAAUCCACGCAGUGGAACAUAUGAUCAAUCCCAUUGCUGUCCAGCAGGAUCCAGCUAGUGUAGCAGCAGCAGCUGUUAUACCUGCAGUGUCAACCCCUCCACCUUUUCAGGGUCGCCCCAUAACUCCAGUGUACACCAUGGCUCCAAAUAUUCAGAGAAUUCCUGCUGCAGGGAUUUAUGGUGCAAGUUAUGUUCCGUUUGCAGCUCCUGCUGCAACAACAGCAACUAUAGCCACACUACAGAAGAACGCAGCAGCAGCUGCAGCAGCAGCAGCAGCUUAUGGAGGAUAUGCCGGCUAUAUACCUCAGGCAUUUCCUACUGCAACAAUCCAGGUUCCAAUACAUGAUGUCUACCAGACAUACUGAGACUAUCAAACAGUGGGGGGCGAGGGGUGGGGGGCGGGAAGGGAGGGACAAACACUGAAGGAACACUUUACUAUUUAUGAAGAAAGAACCUAUUGCAAAAGAAUAUGUUUGGACUCUAAACUGAAAAAAACCUGAAAGUGAAGAAUGUUAUCAAAUAUUAUGUAUGAAAUAUUUUAUAUAUGUGACGUUUUCACUAAUUUUGUAGGAUAUUUUAAAAAUUUAACAUACUUGUAUUCAUACAUUUCUAAGUGACCUACAUGCAUUAAGCCCAUUGCCUAUACACAUUUAUACACAGUAGUGGGAUUGCAUAGGGGGUUUUUUGGUUGGGUUUUUUUUUUUUAAGCAAAUUGUAUUUUCAAUAUAUUUGUGGUAUGAAGGUUAUUUUUUAGUAACUUCUGCACUCCAGAGAAUUCUAUUUUGUAGUGCCUUUAAUAAUAUAUCAACUAUAUAUAUAUUAAAAAAAAGUACAUCUGAGCAGCUAGGAAAUGUAUAAACAAUAUAUUUUGAAGAAUAUUUUCAAUAUUUAAAGAAUACAUACAAUAGAUUUUUGUUUGUUUUUGUUUAAAACAACAAGUAUCUUAUUUAAAAAGUUAUACUGGAAAGUGCAAUUUGAAAAUGAGCGAGACCUCUGCAUUUUGUGCUGGCAUUAGUACAGUUUGUUUAUCACUAUCAAAAAUCACAGGCAACAAAUAUCUAUUUAAAAAAAACAAUCUCAUAAAACAAACCUCUUUAAAGCAUGAUUACGUGAAUCGUUUUAGAUAAAGAAGAGGCUGCUGUGUUUUCCAUAACAUCUGGCUUUUAUAUUUAUUGAAGUCACUUCUAGUUCAGUCUCUGAGCACUGCUCAGAGUAUCUAAUAUUUCAUGAGAGGUAUCUUGACUUAGAUCUUCUUCCAGUAUAAAACCUAGUUUCUUUUUAAAUGCUCUUUUUAUUUUAUUCUUUUGAAGUGUAAGUAGUAGUGACAGAGAAUGUAUGAUAUCUUAGACAGGGCCAAAUGGGCUUUUGUCAGCAGGAAGUACUGCAUUAUUUACCUGUAGCUUCAUCAUGUUUCAUGCAAAAUUUCUAAGGUACUAGGGGUGUUAGUGAUAUUGUUCUUAAUAAAAUGGGGCUAGCCUUCUUCCCAUUCUCUCUUUCACGCCUAAUUCCUAUUAGCGAUAACUGGAGUUAUGCAUGCACAUCAGGGAAGGAAGAGACUAUACCCCUAUGAAUUUAAGAAAUAGAGUUUGUAAAUAUCUUCUAAUAUACAUUUUUAAAGUCAUUUUAUGUUGCUAAUUUACAUGGUAUGUGGUUUGUCACAAAACAAAACAAAACAACAUUUUAUUUCAAUGUUAUUAAAAAGUUUGUUUUAUUAAGUAGUAAGUAUAUUAUUGCAGUGUUUUGUGGCCUGUUUAAAGGCUUUUAUUUAGUGAUGCAGUGAAUGUAAAAUACAGUAAAAUGUCAAAGGAAUAGCUCACUCACUUUAUGAAGUGCAUCAGCUUUGCCAAGACAACUCUAAUGAAGUGUGGUGUGCAAUAGGGUAGUGAAUAAACAAUUUUGCUUUCUUUUUUAAUAUAAGAAUCAACUGUAGGUCCAUACAAUAAAGGUAUCUUUUACCCACUAACAACAAUUUCAGACCAUAUCUAACUAAAAUAAGUGACCACCUAAUAUGCAUUUUCUCAACUUAAGUUGGGCCACUGUUUUUUACUCAGCAACACUCGGUUAUAUUUAAUGCUAUUUAACUAUUAUCAAAAGUACUGUGAGGAAGUUAACCAUUAAAUCAGACUCUGCCCCCAAUGCUCCUUCCCAGGAGAGUUUUAUCACAUUCCAGCCUUUCCAAAAACGCACCUAGACCUUAGGCCCAAUCCAACUGCAGUGUUAUCCACGGGCUUGAUUGCAUGGAAUGGGCAGCCUUCAAAACCAAUCUCUCCUGGGAAUUGGUGGGGAAUAGAAGCCCAGCCCAGAGGAAGUGGGAAAUGGUUCCCACCUCUCCUGCCUUUGGCUAAGUCAUCUCAGACCGAGCAGUGGCCACAGGUAAGACCCAACAUGAGUAAAUGCCACUUCAUGCAGCUUCAAUACCUGACUGGAUUGCUGCAUAGAAACCCAUUAGGUCAGCAGAGCAUAAUACAAUGGAAUGUGGGUUGAUACUCUGCUUCACCCCAUCCCAGCCCCUCCACCAAAACCUUGGCAAGUUCCAGCAGUGGAGAGAUGGUGGGAGGGCUAAUGUUGAAGCCAUCACUUCCCUGCCCCCAUUUCUGUGCCUACCAAGAGGAAUCCACCCAAAUUCAAGUCUCCUCUGCUUGCAGAAGCAGAGGGCGUGAUCCAUUCCAAGGUAUUUAUUUUAAACAGCAACUAGAGUUCUUACUGUAUUUUACAUAUUCCUGUAUAUUAUGUGCAACAAAAAUAAAGAUGGAGAUGAUAUCCUAACAUGGCAGACACCAAGAUACUUUAAAAACAAAUGGCCUUGAUGACUGGGGUCUGUGCUAGAAGCUCCAAUGGCAAGAUUGGGCCCAAAAGUUGGUAGUACAGUCAGUUAGGUAUCUCUGAGCCCCGCACCUGUGGUCUGUCUUUAUACUUGUUUUUUCCACCAUUUCAUGUACACUACUGAGGUAAGUUUAUGACUUGAAAUGUGAACAUUUUUAGGUUAAGAACAAACUAUAUUAAGAAAUAUAUAUGUAUAUAUAAAUAUAUACAUAUAUUAGUGUGCCUCAUUUUCGGAAGUGCUAGUAUUUUGGGUGUUUUACUAUAUCUCUGUUCUUUGUAUUGUUUAAAACUUCUGAGUUUAUUUAGUUCUUGCUCCAUUUAUGGUACGUUCCUAGGAUGUAGUAAAUAAAGCAUUCUUUA